AGCUCCUUUACGACAGCCGUAAAGGACUAGCUGACAAUAAUGAUAUGAGAUAACUGAACAGUGUAACGUUACUUUACAGAGUUUUGUCCGUCUGAAGCCGACAAAUCUCGACACAAUUUAACAUAUUUAAUUUGCCAACGUCUCAGCCGUCGCCACGUGAAGGCAACGCGUUGUAUUCGUGUUCAGGGUCUCUCUGUGAGGCGAGAAAGCAACGAGUGCCAGUGGAAGAAGAAUUGCUUUUAGCCAGUCAUUGCCAUGGCCUCCAUAAGCGGCGACAGCAACAUGGACAGAGAGAUGAUUCUGGCCGACUUUCAGGCAUGCACUGGAAUUGACAACAUUGCAGAGGCAAUCACCCUGUUAGAGCUUAAUAACUGGGAUUUAGUGGCAGCCAUCAAUGGAGUGAUACCACAGGAGAAUGGGAUCUUACAAAGUAACUUUUCCAGUGAAGCGAGCCAGGCCAGCAUAUAUGGACCUCUUAGCCAAUCAGAAGCAGCCGAUGCAGCGGCAGGCGGGGCAGUCCCUCCCCCCUCCACUUCGUCUUCAUCCUCCUCUCCCCCAUCAUCCUCAACUUCAGCGUUUUGCCCCGUCAACCCCACCUCCCGCCUCAUUGUAGAGCGGCAACCCCGGAUGCUCCACUUCAGGGUGGAGUACCGGCAGCGCACUGUAGAGCUGGUACUGGAGGAAGGCAGCACAGUCGGAGAAAUCAAACAAAUCCUCUUGACAGAGCUUGGGGUUCCAGUGUCCAAAAUGCAGCUGAAGGGCUGGAAGAGUGGAGAUGUAUCGGACAGUACGGUGCUGAGAAGUUUACACCUGCCCAAGAACAACAACCUGUAUGUCCUCACCCCAGACAUUGCUCCCACUGCCAGCACCAGCAAAAACAGUGCUCUUCAAGAUUCGUUAAACCAGAACUUCCUGCUGGUCAUCAGCCACCGUGAGGCCCAGAGGGACUACAGCCUCAACUUCCCCGGCUCCAGAACCAUACAAGAAGUGAAGAGAAACAUUUCAGACCUGACCAACAUACCAGUCCGGCAUCAACAAUGGGAGGGAUGGCCUGCAUCAGCAUCCGAUGACUCUAUGACGCUAGCUGUUUCUGGAAUCAGCUAUCCCUGCCAUCACCUCAGUGUUUGUCGGAGGUCCUCCACAGCGAAUGCCCAGGAGCCCACAGAGGAAUGUGCCGAUGUCCAUAUGAUCAGCGACAGUGAGGGUGAUGAUUUUGAAGAUGCGUCAGAGUUUGGUGUGGACGACUCAGAGAUGUUUGGAAUGGGCUCCUCAACCUGUCGGAAAUCCCCUAUGAUGCCAGAAAACAGUGAGAAUGAAGCUGAUGCCUUACUGCACUUUACUGCCGAAUUUUCCUCAAGAUAUGGAGAGAACCACCCAAUGUUCUUCAUUGGGUCUUUGGAGGCAGCAUCUCAAGAAGCCUUCUAUGGCAAAGCCAGAGAUAGAAAGCUGCUGGCCAUCUACCUCCACAAUGACGACAGUGUCCUCAGCAACGUCUUCUGCUCUCAAAUGAUGUGUGCCGACUCCAUUGUCUCGUACCUGAGCCAGAACUUCAUUACAUGGGCAUGGGAUGUCACUAAGGAAGCUAACAAAGCCAGACUACUCACCAUGUGCACGAGGCACUUUGGAAGUGUUGUGACACAAACUAUACGGACAUACAAGACAGACCAGUUCCCCCUGCUCCUCAUAGUAAUGGGCAAACGCACAUCCAAUGAAGUUCUAAAUGUUAUUCAAGGCAAUACAACAGUGGACGAGCUGAUGAUGAGGUUAAUGGGAGCCAUGGAGAUCUUCACAGCACAGCAACAAGAGGACAUCAAAGAUGAGGACGAGCGUGAGGCAAGAGAGAUGGUGAAGAGGGAACAGGACGAGGCCUACCGUCUGUCUUUAGAGGCUGACCGUAAAAAGAGAGAAGCCCAAGAGAGAGAAGAGGCCGAGCAGGUUCGCCUGGAACAGAUGAGAAAGGAGCUGGAGGAUGAAAAGGAGGCAAUCCGUCUGUCAUUGGAGCAGGCUCUACCACCAGAGCCCGUCGAGGAUUCGGCAGAGCAAAUCAGCAAACUGCGAAUUCGCACACCAAGUGGCGAGUUUCUGGAAAGGCGUUUCCUGGGAAGCUGUGAGCUUCAGGUCCUUUUCAACUUUGUGGCCUCCAAGGGUUACCCCUUUGAUGAGUUUAAGCUCCUCACCACCUUCCCUCGUAGAAAUAUCACACAAUUGGAUCCAGGGUCCACUCUGCUGGAGGCAAAGUUGUUUCCACAGGAGACGCUCUUUCUGGAGGCGAAAGAAUAGGAUGUGGCCCUGAUAACUGAGAGGACUGACUCACUGACUGACUGAUGUACUGGCUGGACACACAAUCGUCACAGAGCAUGACCCCCUCCUCCCCGAAUCUGGGCUGACAGUACACACACACACACACACACACACACACUCUCACACACGCACACGUACCCCUAAACACUCAUACAUAAAAAAAUAAAAAACUGGCAUGCACAUCCAGUAACACAUAUGUGCAAGUAAGCUUCUCUGCCCACGGCCUGGUCAUGGUACACGAAAGCCUCGUGUCCACAUGUUGCACAGUGAAGCAAAAACAGAAUCACAAGCACACAGCCAAAUAUUCACCGUACCUAAGCCCCCUCUCUCUCUCUCUCUCUCUCCCUCUCCCUCUCUUCUCUCCCUCUCCUCACACACUUCACAAAUUCAUGCUCCGAGCCACUGUCAUGGUUUCCUCUCACAUCACCAACAAUACAAUAACAACACCAAGUGACUGAGUACAGAGGAUCACAGAAAAAAAUCAAAAACAAAAAAACAGUAUAAGGACUUGGCCCCCUCUUGUUUCCACAUUCAUCACACCAAGGCUGCUUUUUUAAAACUUGUUUUUGUGUUUGAAAUUUAAAAAAAGAAAAAGUA